AACACACUCAGACACACACUCCAUCAUCUUGUCGUUACUGAACUUCUUAAGUGAAGACUGAGCUGUUUUCUUCUUAGUCAGGGAGGAUCUGAGUGACUUUUUCAGAGAAGUUUUGAGCAAUCUUUGUAAAUCCAUCCUCUCUCCUGCUGUGCACACAUCUGCCAACAUGUGCCUUCUGACAGCAGCCCUGCUGUUUUCUAUACUUGGCUCCACUUCCUGUGUUCAGUUUAUGGCACCUAUAAACAUGGGAGGAGUCACAGGAAGGGUCGACUUUAAUUCAACCUCCAGGAUGGCCACUGUCAGCGUAUCUGGUGCUGGAUCCUGUGGUCAACUUAACUUUUCCAUCACUGUGUUCCCAGUCAAAUUUGGCCAUUUUGCUCAGCCCUGCACUGAAGCCAACAUCGGCUCCAGCAUCUUCACCUUCACAGCUGAUCCUGACUCCACCGUCAAUGUGUCACAGCUCUUUGAGCAGGUGUCUCACCUGGAUGACUACUCGCUGACUUUGCAGACAUGUAAUGGCACUACGGUUUGCACUGUUGUGACUCAAAAUCAAACACAAGUGACUCGUCAGGCAAGAUUUUUUGGCCCAAUCGCAGGUAACGUUUUCAUUCGAGUCAACACAGGACAAAGUAAUCCAAGGAUUCUUGCAGACCUUGUUACAAUCGGUGAUGUGAAUGCCUCACUAUCAAACACCACUCUCUAUGCAUCAGCAAACUCAGCCAGAAACUGUGACAUUCUCCUUGGAAGCUUAGAUCCCUCAACUUUGACCAAUCUUGGCGUUGUCAAGGUGGGAACCCCUCUGAUGCCUUCUAAAUCCCGUCUGGACCUGGCCAGCUACAGCACCCAACGCUUUCUUCUGAUCCCCAUGGGUUCAAGUUACCAGUGUGCACAGAUUUAUAAUAUUCAACAGAAGAAGGUGAGCGCUGUGGUAAGCAUGAAAGGGAUCCAAGGUCACCUCAGCUUCAUUCAGGCUUCUCCAUUUGACGCAACAGAGGUAAGGGUGAACCUGACUAACCUACGGGGCAGAGUCGGCCCUUACCAUGUGCACCAGUUUCCUCUCCCACCGAUACGGGACCCUGUAUCAUCCCUGUGUUCAAACGACAAUAUUGGUGGCCACUGGAAUCCCUUUGGUUUGGACACGAAUGACGCAUCAUACCCAAGUGGACCUGGUUCAACACAUGACAUGUAUGAGAUUGGUGACCUCAGCAAUAAGCACAUGUCUCUUGCUGAUCAAAAUGAAGUCGACAUGUCAUUCCAAGACUACCACCUGCCUCUUUUUGGAAACAACAGCAUCGUUGGUCGCUCAGUUGUCAUUCACCUACCCGAUGGUGCCAGAUACGUUUGUGCCAGUAUCAGCUAUCCUGGAGAAGUGGUAGUAUCCAGAGCUAGAUUCCAGAGCCCUGUGGUUGGGGAGAUGACGUUCACCCAGCUAAAGGGCAAUCCUCUGUCAGAUGUCUCUAUCUUCAUGGACUUGUCGUAUGGAAAUUCCUCAACUGCACCAACCCAAAACCACAACUGGCAUGUUCACACCUACCCCAUCAGCUCAGAGAGUGAUAACGAUGCGAACCGCUGCAGCACUGCAGGAGGACACUGGAACCCUUUUGCUGUCAACACAACAGACAGCAGCUAUGCCCUCCAUUGUGCCCCAUCCAGACCAUUAUCCUGUGAGGUGGGAGAUCUCUCCAACAAACACAGCACCCUCAACCUUGGCAACAAACCAGGUGUUGUGGAAGCAAAAUACUUCUUCACUGAUGUCACCGCUUGGUUGCCAAAUUCAGGCAUUAUUGGUCGUUCUGUUGUCAUCCAUGAGGCAAACAGAGGAGGGCCGAGGUUGGCUUGUGCUAACACCACGAUGGUUCGAGUCCCCAAGGCUAGAUUAGGCCGUUGGUUUGGCCCUGGGAUGGCGACAGGACAGAUUCAGUUCACCCAGGCUGUCCCGCAAGGCCACACAACUAUAAACGUGUCCCUAAGCAAUCUGAAUUCCAUUGCCGGAGGUUACCAUGUCCACGUCCUGCCCAUCAUACCUGGCAGCUCCGACCCCUGCUCCAAUGCCAACAUUAGAGGUCACUUUAACCCACUAGGUGUCAACAUAUCAAAUAGUCCAUCGCCUGGGAAUGGCACAGUGGACCAGUAUGAGAUUGGAGACAUCAGCGGGAAGUUUGGGUUGCUGACGAACCUCACUGAGCUUAAGGCUGUGUACAUGGACCAGAGCAUGCCGCUGACCGGACCUUUCAGUGUAACAGGAAGAUCAGUGGUGAUUCAUUACAGGAACGGAUCAAGAUUGCAAUGUGCUAACAUUGAAGCUGAAAGGAAUGCAGAUGGACAAUUCACCAUUGCCAAGGCUACUUUAAAUGGAACCAUCAAUGGGACGGUUACAAUGCGCCAGCAGAUGUUUCCAGAUGGGAGCAGCAGUGACACCACGAUAGAAGUUAACCUUCAGUCAUCAAAUCCAAACCUAACGACUGCAUUCAUGGCCAUCAAAACAAACCGUGUGGGUGCCAACAAUCAGUGCGAUAGUUUGGGGAACGUUUUCAAUCCCUUCAACGUGACAACUAUGAGCUCCACCUGUUCAGCCGACACCCCUCUGAACUGUGCGGUGGGAGAGGUGUCUGCACGACAAGGCAACGUCAGCCUGACAAUGAGACAGAUCCUCACUGACAGCAACGUGAUACUUACUGGAGACAACACAGUGGUCCUCAGAUCUCUGGCUUUGAUGGAGGGAAACACCGUCAUUGCAUGUGCAGACAUCCUCCCAGAAUCCCCAUCAGCCCAGCAGACUUUUCCCACUGUCUCUUCCUUCAGCAGGUAUGACUUCCGUCGUCGGGUUGCAAGAGUACUGAUGGUGUCAACAUCAAGAAUCACCAUCCUGCCCGGCUCUCCCCAAGCCAGUGGCUCAAAUUGCCAGACUGUUGUCUACAUGGUGUCUGGGGACGUCAGCAGUGCUCUGCUUAGCUCUGUCACAACCAACGAAACGAUGGGCCCGUUCAGAGAGUCCGACGUCUGCACACGGAGUGCAGGUCCGCUGCUGCUGCCAGGAGGUUUGCUUCUUUACUUGAUGAUUGCUGCUGCCUGCCUGCUGCCAUCUCUGUAGUUCUGAUAUUCAGCUUCACCAUGCAUCAUCAGAGGGAAAAACACUGUAAAAUACUGAAUAUGUUUAAUGAAUUAAGUCAGCCAAUUGACAUGGUCAUCAAAUUAGUAAUCAAAUUUGAUUCUAUGGCUUUAUUUCUUUGGUUAAGUGUGGCCAACCUAUCAACAUUCUGCUAUCUGAUAUUUUCUCUAAUAUUUUUUUGAAGGCAACAAAGUUGCUGAGUGAUAGAAACUUAAUCUUUGUACAUAAAAAAAUCUUUCUUUUAUCCACUAUUUAUUUUGAUUGUUUCAUAGGUAGGUAAAUUAAUGCUGUAUGUUUUCCAUCCUCCGGACAUGUUUUUCUGCAUUUAUGCACUAUGUCAAAGUGUGUAAAUAUUUGGAAAAUUGUGAAUAAAAACAACUAUGUUUGUA